CAGAAGAUCCAUCCCCUUCUCUUCUCACUCCCUCUGCUCUGUCGCCACUCCUCCGUCGCCCUCGUCUCUCGUCGUGUACGCGUCGCCGGCGUCCGAGCCUCACCUCUCCGGCCAGCCGCCAGGGUCACCUCAAUCCGCCACUGCAGCGCGGCAGCUCCAUCCUGUGCGAGCUAGGUACGUAUCCAGAUCGACGACGACGAGGAACGAAAUAAUCCACUGUUCGCCGACCGUCGCGUCUCGCGGUCGCGGCCCACGCGUCGCACUCCCCUUCGCAUCACCUGGUGAGGCACCGGGGUUACCUCGCGACCGCCACAGCGCAGUUCACCCCGCGGCCGGAUCCACAUCCCGCGAGGGUUCAGAUCCACGACGCGGUGAAGAGGAAAUAAUUCACUGUUGACCGUCAGUGCGCUUGGCCAACACUGCGAACAGAGCGAGCUGCCUCUGAGUUGCACGAUAAUCAGGUUGUGCAUUCAAGAACCUAUCCUCCACACACAAUGGAGGCCGCUCUCGUCAGCGUGGCGACAGGGGUCCUCAAACCUGUCAUAGGGAAGCUGACCGUUCUGCUGGGCAACGAGUACAAGCGUUUCAAAACAGUUCGAAAGGAGAUCAAGUCUCUCACUAAUGAGCUUGCCGCAAUGGAGGCUUUUCUCCUCAAGAUGUCGGAGGAGGAGGAUCCCGAUGUGCAGGAUAAAGUUUGGAUGAAUGAGGUGCGGGAACUGUCCUAUGACAUGGAGGACGCCAUCGACGACUUCAUGCAAAGCAUCGGUGACAAGGACGAAAAGCCAGAUGGCUUCAUUGAGAAGAUCAAAAACUCGCUAGGGAAGUUGGGGAAGAUGAAGGCUCACCGCCGGAUCGGCAAGGAGAUCCAAGAUCUGAAGAAACAAAUCAAAGAGGUGGGUGAGAGGAAUGCAAGGUACAAGGGUCGUCAGACCUUCACUAGCACAAAAAAUGAAACCGUUGACCCUAGAGCUCUUGCUAUCUUUGAGCAUGCCUCAAAUCUCGUUGGGAUUGAUGAACCCAAGGCUGAGAUAAUCAAGCUAUUGGCACAAGAGGAUGUUCGUGCGUCAACGCAACAACAACUAAAGAUAAUCUCCAUCGUUGGAUCUGGAGGUAUAGGCAAGACAACUCUUGCAAACCAAGUGUAUCAAGAACUCAAAGGACAAUUCAAGAGACAUGCUUUCAUAUCCGUGUCGCGAAAUCCAGACAUUAUGAAUAUCCUAAGGGCUAUUCUUAGCAAAGUUAGCGGUCAAAGUAAUGCUAACACAGAAGCAUGGAGUAUAGAACAAUUGAUCAGCAAGAUCACCAAUUUCCUAGGAGACACAAGGUACUUUGUUUUCGCUGAUGAUAUAUGGGAUGUGAAAACAUGGAAUGUUAUUAAGUGUGCAUUCCCCACGACUAGUUCUGGCAGUAUAAUAAUCAUCACUACUCGUAUUAAUGAUGUCGCAGAUUCAUGCCGAUCAUCCUGUAAUGGUCAUAUUUAUAAUAUAAGGCAUCUUGAUAUGGUGCAUUCGAGGCAACUAUUCAACAGAAGACUGUUCGAUUCCAAUGAAGAUUGCCCUUCACACCUUAAAAAGGUUUCUGGGGAAAUUUUGGAAAAAUGUGUUGGUUUACCUUUGGCAAUCAUUUCUAUAUCUGGUCUGUUGGCUACCACGGAAAGAACAGAGCAUCGGUGGAAUCAAGUGAAAGAUUCAAUUGGUCGCGCACUUGAAAGGAAUCCUAGCGUCGAAGGAAUGAUAAAGAUAUUGUCACUUAGUUACUUUGAUCUGCCUCCUCGUCUUAAAACUUGUCUCUUGUAUGUGAGUAUUUUUCCUGAAGAUUCUAUAAUUGAGAAGAAAGCUCUUAUAUGGAGAUGGAUUGCUGAAGGAAUCAUUCAUAAAGAUGACAUAUAUACAUCAUACCAGUUAGGGGAGAGGUGUUUCAAUGAGCUCGUCAAUAGGUGUUUGAUCCAAGUUACAUGGACAGACGAAUAUGGUAAGGUGGAGAAUUGUCGAGUUCACGACAUAAUUCUUGAUUUCAUCAUAUCCAAGGCCAUUGAAGAGAACUUCGUUACUUUUGUUGGUGUCCCUUAUAUAACUAUUGGGGCGCAACGAAAAGUUCGUCGUCUCUCUCUCCAAGUUGAUGAGAAAGAAAAAUCUAUAUCAAAGAAAGGUCUGGUGUUGUCUCAUGUCCGCUCAGUAAAUGCAUUUGGGUGUACCGUGGAAAUUCCUUCUCUUGAUGAGUUCAGAUAUUUGCGUGUUUUGGACUUUGAGCUUUGCCGCCAAGUGGAAAACAACCAUCUUGCAAAUAUAGGGAGCUUGUUUCAGUUGAGGCACCUGAACCUGAGUUGGACGGAAGUAAGUGAGCUCCCGGAAGAAAUCGGCCGUCUACAUUGCUUAGAGAUGCUGGACAUAAGAGGCACCAAAGUACAUGAAUUACCAGCAACUAUUGUUAAUCUUAAGAAAUUGGUGGAUCUGCUUGUUGAUACUAGAGUUAAGUUUCCUAAUGGAAUUGCAAAGAUGCAAGCAAUGGAGAUGUUGGAACAGGUGGGUGUCUUCAGGCAGCAGUUUAACUUCCUGCAAGAACUUGGGCAGCUACAGAAUAUGAGGAAACUGGUCCUCGAUUUUGAAGGAGAUCCUGUCACUGUAGAUGGAAUGGGAAAGGACGAGUGCAAUGAAGCUAUUGCCUAUUCUCUUCGCAAUCUAGAGGACUUUAUUUCUCUAACUGUUCAUGGUGGAAGCUUCUUACAACAGGGACCUGGGUGCCCUGUUCCGCAUAGCAUCCAGGAACUCUUCAUGACCAAGUCCUCACCUCUACCACGGGUUCCGGUAUGGGUGAGCUCCCUCGUAAACCUGCAGCAGCUGCACCUUCAAGUAAAAGAGUUCGAGCAGGAAGAUCUGUGCAUCCUUGGAAGCUUACCCGCCCUGCUCAUUCUGGAACUGAUAACAGGAGAUGUAAUGAGAAAUAGAAAGCUCACAGUAAGCGCUGAAGCUGGCUUCCGAUGCUUGAGGAAGUUCUCUUUUGGAAUAUUUAACUGGAUGAUGUUUGAAGCGGGAUCCAUGCCUAAGCUACAAAAACUUGAACUCAGAAUUUGGUUAUGCAAUCGGUUCGACAUGAUUGUUGCCGCUCGCACUGCCAGUGGUGGUGCUUUUGAUUUCGGAAUUGGAAACCUUCCAUGCCUCAUCACAGUCAAAUAUGCAGCACGUGGCUGCAAUGUUUGCAUGGCAGCUGCAAAGGCCGCUGUAGAGAGAGCUGCUGGCAGAUAUCCCAAUCGCCCUACUCUACUCUUUCAAAAACUGGAUGCAACCUACACCCUCACUGACUGUCAAUUGUGGAGGGUUGAUUGUGAAGGAUGGGGAAGAUAUUAUAAGAGUAUGUACAAUGAGGUACCGUUAGCAGGCUGUAAGAAGUAAAGUAAUAUUUCUAUACUUAGUUGGAGGAGAGAGGAUAGGAGAAAGAGUGUAAGCGGGCAGAGCCAGCUGCAGCACGUGCUCCUAGUCACUAUGUGAGAGUGGAAGGUAUGCCAUGUAUUAACAAGUAGCACAUACUUAGAGCAUCUCCAAUAGACGGUCCAAAUGUAAAAAUACCUAACUUUUGGACCGUCUGGGGCAAAAAACGCUGCUCCAACAAACGGUCCAUUUGUAAAAAAAUUGGACCGCGGCCUCCUCGUGAUGUAAAAUACAACACCUCGUGGUGCAAAUUUACAUCACGAGAUGCAUCUGGUCCAAAUUCGGCGACCGCCCGCCAACGCCCAACCGCCACUUCAUUUCAUUUCACAGUCGCGCCUGUCCGCCCGCCCGAACACCAGUCGGCCGGAAUCCGCCGCCGCCACCGCCCAAAUCCCCGCUGUCGUCGCCGCCACCGCCCCAAAUCGCCGCGCCGCCCUCCGCCGCCAUCGCCCCCAUCGCCUCCCUCGCCGGAAGCCGUCUCGCAGCCGCCCGGGCGCCGCCGAAUUGGGAGGCAGCCGCGGUGGGAUUCGGCGCCUCCGGCGGUCCGGCUGCCCAUGUAGGCCUCCGCCGGGUCCUUAGGCCGC